ACAAAAUAUUUUACUAUAUAAUGGAGGCAUGGGAGAGCUGCAACUGUAAACUCUUGAUGAUGUUUGUAUGUUUAGGGCAGCACAGAGACGACAUUUAAGCUGGCCAUGGAGGCUGUGAAGGAUAUCACCAGUCAGAGAGGUGCAGUCCCAGCAUGGGGGACAGCCCAGCACCACACAGAGGCAUGAGAACUGCAUGGUUUAUACAGAAUGGCAAGUGUAGCUCUGUGGCUGAGAAGCAAGGUUUUAAAAGCCUGGAGGAUGGAGGCUGGCAUUCUGCUGAGCAUCAGUCGGCACUACAGGUCACAGCCCACGCAUGGCAUUGGAAGAUACAAGCACCUAGUUAAAGCACAAGAGCUCUGACUGCAGUGCUGUCAUGAUGAGAAGUCUGGAUCGCUGCAUUUGGCCUCGGGUAUGCAGGAGACCCUCUGCAGGAGACCCAAACCCCUGCACCUUGAUGCCCAGGAAGAAGAGGGGAAAAGUGGAAGUGAGACCCAUUAAUUUGGGGACAGAUUAUGAAUACGGGGUUUUAAACAUUCACCUGAUUGCAUACGAUAUGGCCCUGGCAGAGAGUUAUGCCCAGUAUGUUCACAACCUCUGCAACCAUCUCUCCAUUAAAGUCGAGGAAAGUUAUGCGAUGCCCACCAAAACCGUGGAGGUGUUGCAGUUGCAGGACCAAGGCAGGAAAAUGCUCCUGGACUCAGUUCUUACCACCCAUGAGCGAGUGGUUCAGAUCAGCGGUUUGAGUGCUACAUUUGCAGAGAUUUUCUUGGAAAUAAUCCAAAGCAAUCUUCCUGAAGGAGUCAAACUGUCAGUGAAGGAGCACACUGAAGAAGACUUCAAAGGAAGGUUCAAAGCUCGGCCAGAACUGGAAGAACUGCUAGCCAAGUUGAACUAGCUCACUGUAGACCCUUUCAUGCCAGCACUGGUGACACUGAGUGGCAAUGGAAAGAGCUUCCUGGGUGGCCAAAGUUAAGAAGGAGACCCUGACCCUCAAUAUCAUAAGUACCCAUCUCCACAGCCAGGAGUGCCUCCUCUCCUCUGUGAAGGAGUGCUUGCCGACUGUCACCACGUUCCUUUGAGCCAACCCUAGGUACCUUCCAUCUAAUAAAAAUCUGCUAAUGAUG